AUGGCCAGAGCUGAUCGCAACAAGUCCCAGCAGUUGGUUCAGGAGGAGCAGUCAUCUUACACCGGAAAUACGUUGGGUCCUCCCCUUCCAGCAAGCGAUGACAAGGAGAAAAUUCUCGGAAUCUUAUGGAAUUCUUACGAGGACAAUCUUAUUAUUGAUAUCAAGGAUGUUGCAGAUUUGGCGCAGAUGGUUCAUGCUACGAAGAGAAAUGUGAUCAGUGUUUCAUCAGUGUUUCUUCCAAGAUUUAUGAUCCUAUGGGUUUUAUAUCCCCAUUGACAAUCAGUUUCAAGCUGUUGUUUCAAGAACUUUGUCUGGCGAAGGGUGACUGGGACCAUCCACUUGGAGGAACACUGAAAAGCAACUGGCAGAAAUUAGUUGAUAACCUAAACGUCGUCCAACUUGUUGUUAUUCCGAGAUGCUAUAUUUCUGACAUACACGAGCAAGUUGUAUUCUACGAGCUUCAGGGGUUUUGCGAUGCCUCUAUCAAAGCAUAUGCUGCCGUAAUAUACUUCAGAAUCAUCACACAUCCUCUUCAAUUGUGUCACCUGCAAGAAGCAAGAUGGUAGAGCAUACAAGGCACUUAACUCUCCGCCAUUGCCGGAGUUUAGAGUAAAGGAAGCACCACCGUUUACAUACGUUGGCUUGGACUACGUCAGUCCUUUAUAUGUGAAAUCUACGAACGAUUUAGACGAGAAAGCAUGGAUUUGUUUGAUUACAUGUUGUGUUUCUAGAGCGGUACACCUUGAAGUUGUUCCCAACAUGACACCACAAGCCUUCCUGAGAAGUUUUAGGAGAUUUACGUCACGACGUUCGACGCCAUUGCUUGUCGUUUCGGACAACGCGAAAACCUUUAAGGCUGCGUCCAAAGAGUUAAUGACACUUAUGCGUGAUCCUCAAGUGAAGAAAUAUUUCUUGCAGCAACGAAUGCAGUGGUCGUUUAAUCUGAAGAAAGCCCCGGGUUUCUUUGAGCGGCUUGUGGGAUCAUUGAAACAAUGUUUGAAGAAAACUAUCGGAAAGGCAAGAUUGUCUUAUGACGAGCUAGUUACAGCUGUCACGGAAGCAGAAUCGAUCCUGAACAGUCGACCCUUAUCCUAUGUAUUCUCCGAGGACGUCGAGGAACCCUUCACCACAGCCCAUCUUCUGAGCGGAAGACGGAUCCUGAGUUUACCUCAUCGUCAUCAAGACAACCCUGAAGAUGAAGAUUUUCAAGUCGACCUAUCGACGAAUGACCUCAACAAACGAGUUCGCUAUCUAAAUGACAUUAUUGAACAAUUUUGGCGAAGAUGGCGGAACGAGUAUUUGGUAGAGCUGAGAAAUGCACAUAAGAGUCCCAAGAAAACAGUAGAGAAAUCUUCUGUGGAAGUUGGAGAUAUAGUACUAGUUCACGACGAGAACCAUUCGCAUAGUUUCUGGAGAAUUGGAAGAAUAAAGGAACUUGUCAAUAGCACGGCUGAUGGGAAGUCGAGAGGUGCAGUUGUACGAGUCAUGAGCAAGAAAGGGAAAGUUACUACAUUAAGGCGUCCAUUACAGCUGUUCUUUCCUAUGGAGAUUAACUGUAAACUUGCGAAAGACGAAGUACAAUUGGAACAAAAGAAUGGUGCUCAGGAGUCAACUGAAUCCGAAAGACCAAGAAGAAGAGCGGCGAUCACAGGUGAACUGUUGAUAAGACAUUGGAUUAAGGACAUGAACCAG